UAAAUUGAGUGAAAUUAUAAAGAAAAAACAUGUACGGUGAUUGUGAUAUCCAUCCUAACAUGAAAGCUACUCAAAUGCGCCAUCAUUAUUCUAAUGGAUCUGAAAGAAUUUUUGCUCCUGUAGUUAGUAGUCAUUCUAAUGCCUUGAGCCCAUCUCUCAACUUCUCGAGAAAAGUUCAAAAUCUUUGUCAUAGGAGUGAAAUCACUCCUUAUGUUAGUUAUCAAUAUGAAGAAGGUUUUAAUCCAAGUUCUUUUGCUGGAUCAAGAAACCAAAAUUAUCCUCUUGGCUUUAAUCGCAAUGAUUCAGUUCCUUCUCUAAACUAUGUAUCAGCGAGGCUAAACUCUAACAGGAGCCAAAUGGUCCCGCUUAUUUCAUCCAAUUCUCAGAGGCAAGAAAGAUAUAUAGAAGAUGAAGCUCAUAGACAAGGUACUAGGAUUCAACAGAGCUUGCCUGUAAUUAUUCCUGUCCGCCAAAUGCUCUUGGCACAAGUUCCUGAAGUAGGAACUUUAGAUAAUAUCGAUAUUUCACCUCCCAAAUUGGGUUUUGGUUCACAGCCACAAAGUUAUAUCAACAACAAUACUAAGUCUCACCAGUUAUUUAAACCUCUACGUAAAAGAGUUCGCUCUGACAACAGCACAGACUCUUGCGAAUCUUUUUGCAAUAAAUUUUCUAAAACCUCUGAAAGAUACCAUGGUUCUAAAAGAGCGAAAGGAAGAGCCAGAGAUGUUAGGAAUCGCUGUAGCCCUGAACCUCGCUCCAAAAGAAAUCGUUUUAAAAAGUCAUCAUCCCCUAAAAAUCUCGUCAAAAGAGAAUCUUAUAAUAUGAAAAGAUUAGAUUUAGGUCCUAGUAUUGAAUCAGUCAGGCAGCAACAAGAGCUGAAGUCUCGCUUGAAGGCUAUGGGUUUCCAUGAGAAUGCUCAGAAGGAAGACUUCUCUUUUGUUGUGCCGUCUCUCCCUAUCACACUUAUCCCAUCAACGGACAUUCCGAAAUUCAUGGAGGAGUAGCUUCACCUGAAGCAAGCUUACCCUGCUCACCUUAUUCUUCUAUAAUACAUUUCUUGAUAACUCUUCGGCUAACUGUAAGGGUUGGGCAGGAAAGUCUCUUCCUCCAAUUAUAAGUAUUUAAUUCUAAAAAUCUUCUUCCUAGUCAACAUAUCAUUGUCGAAGACUUUUAUAAUUUACCUUG